UUCAGACCUGUGCACUAGGGGCAUCAAGGAUAAAAGGGGCAGGGGCUCAAGCCCUCUUUACCCCCCCCCCCAUCCUUCUCUGCACCUGCCUGUCACUUACCAUGAUAUUAUAUUUUUGCUACACUGCACAAAGACUGAUGAAUGUUUCAGAUCAUCAAACAUGUUUUAUUCUAGACAAAUAUAACCCGAAUAAAUACUGUAACGGAUAGUAGACUAAAGUAAAUUAAGAAUUUUCUAAAUUAAGUAUGAUGCAGAUUGUUUAUGGAUGUUUGUCAGUUUUGAUUAGCAUUUUUUUGUUGUUGUUUUGUUUUGUUUAAUGGUAUUUUCACUUUGUAAUGUUUUGGGGUUUUUGGUUGUACCUCUUGGGCUGCCGUAACUAAUGAGGGCAGGCCCUUUAAAGGCUGGUAGAAUCGUCGUGUCAAUCAAUGACUUGAACUGUCAAGCUGAGUAGCAUGAAGAAAUCAACACUUAGUGUUCCCCAGUGAAAGCAGCGAGCAGGUGCCGUCCAAAGGAACCAGAACACGGCAACCUGUUGUCCACCGGGCGUACUACCUCUGCGCUUAAACUGAGUUGUUGGUGGAAGUUGCCGGUCAGCAGAAAAGUUUCUCUGGACGGGACAGCAUGCGCUCCUUAGCGGGACUAACUGUCAUCGUGGCGACUGCAAGUGUCUACCUCUACCUGCUGUCGACGCACCUUCCCCCGGGACCGACGCAGCUCCAGCCGGGGUCUGAACCGGAGGGAGAGGCCGUACGAGAGUACAGGCUGACGUUUCCAUCAGACCUGGAGUCACUACAGGAACUGGCCAACACGCUCAAGUUUUACAAAACAGAGAACUACAGCUACGUUCUGCUACUGUUCUGUAGCGCCUACCUAUAUAAGCAGUCCUUCGCCAUACCUGGGUCCUCCUUCCUGAACAUGUUGGGGGGGGCUAUUUUCGGACCCUGGGUGGGUCUGAUGCUGACCUGCUUGCUCGCCACUUUCGGCUCCACGUUCUGCUUCCUGUUGUCCUCGGCGUUUGGGAAGCAGUAUGUGGUUCACUUCUUCCCAGAGAAAGUGGCUCUGCUGCAGAUGAAGGUGGAGGAGAAUCGUAGCAGCUUAUUCUUCUUCCUCCUCUUCCUUCGUUUUUUCCCCAUGACUCCUAACUGGUUCCUUAACAUCACCUGUCCUGUCCUCAACAUCCCUCUAUCCAUUUUCUUCUUCUCUGUAUUAAUAGGUUUAAUCCCGUACAACUUCAUCUGUGUGCGUACGGGCUCCGUCCUCUCACAAUUGUCCUCUUUAGACGACAUCUUCUCGUGGGGGACGCUGACUCAGCUGCUGGCCAUUGCGCUCAUGGCUCUGCUGCCCGGAGCGCUCAUCAAACGCUUUGGCACCGCUCACCUCAAGCUGGAUGGCGUCACCAGCAAUGGAACCGGCCGGGACAGGAAGAGCAGAUGACACUGAAUGUUAACGCUGCUCAGGUAGAGAUGAACACUUGUGACCUCUAGACCUCUUCAAGGUCACUCUGGAGACUCCAGACAUUCAGGGCGGUACUUGUUUUGAACUUCUAUUUUCAUCAGGUUGUGCUUAGUCUUUAUUAACAUGAACUUAUUGUCUUAAAACACCUUAGAAGUUACUGUGGUGAAAAUCCUCCUCUUGAAUGGAUGGAAUGUCACAUUUGGCAAGAAAUUGUAAUUAUUUUGCACAGAGUUGAUUAAGUGUCACCUUCGAGAUUAACAAAUCUUUCUGUUCCUGUUAAAGAUCUGAUGCAUGCACCGCAAAAACACUAAAUAUUACAAAGUAUUUUUGUCUAGUAACUUAAUAAAUUUAAAAUCAGACAUACAGACUCACAAGUAAGUUCUGAUAAUUCAUCAAUAUUAAUAAAAACAAUGGAUUAAUUCCACUGGCAGAUUAUUUCUUGUUAAAAGUGGAGAAAUCUGCCAGGGGAGCACUACUUUAUUUAUUUAUAUAUAUAUAUCUAUACACUGCUCAAAAAAAUAAAGGGAACACUUAAACAACACAA